GUGUGCUGGUCUGUUGAAGAAAGAUCCAGCCAAUAGCACACACACAAGAAUCAAGGUUGCAACUGUUUAUGCUCUCCUACUUAGCAGUGGAUAGGAAGAUGUGUAGCUCCUUCCUUGAUGUCCCGCACCAAGCACCAAUCCACCAUCCUCCUCCAAAGAGAAGCUACUGGGCUAGGUCAGGUAGAGGGGGCGGCCACACACUCAGACCAAGCAAGCAUGAGUCAGUCCAGGCCCCUACUGUUGUUCUUGACGGAAAGAAGGAACACAAAAGGUGAUCAUGUAUAUUUCUCAAAAGCACAGUGCAUUCCCCCCAAAGCAUGCCCACACCUCCAUGAUGAAAGUGCACUCCUCUCUUUGCCUCCCUCCCUUGUUUUCUCAUGGUGGCAAUGUGGCAUCCAUGAUCGAUCUAAUCUCAAAAGUAUUAUAUAUUUUCCCCAUAUUUUUACAACUCUGAUUGGUUUGUAGACACCGGGUGCUUCCUGGCGCUGUUUCUCCAAGUUGAUUUAGCUGCGCAGUUUUUGUUGAAAAACUUUGGAGGCAUGGAUAUUAGACGUAGAUAUUUUGUAAAUGCUUGGCUUUACGAGGAUGUUGACUUGCGAUUUAUUCCGGCGAACAAAUAUACGCAAAGAUUUACUCCUUUUUGCUUUGGGGAUGAAGAUUGCUUUCUUCUUCUUUAAUGCCGUGCCCACCAAAUGUUCCAUAGAAUGACAAAACCCCAAAACCAUGUAAGGCUUACAUCUGUCGACUAAAAGUUCAUUUCUUGCACAUUUCCUUAUUGUGUUCAUGGUGGAUGCAGGUUGGCCGCUCAAAGAGGACCCUGUGUCAGUUUUUCUUUGCCAAGUGAGAAGGCAAGGUGAUCUCUCGCAGGGACGAGCAUCAGGGAAGGUAAGGAGGUUAUAUGACAAGGACAAGGUUACAAGAGAUUGUACAGCUUAACCUUUUUUUUUAUCUAGCAUUGCGACUUUCGCAAAGAAUCUGUGCAAUGUUUCCCCUUUUCCGUACAUAGUUAAUGGAUGAGGAGCAAGAAACCACCAUAGGCAGUGCACCAUAUGCGGCGAGCAUCCGCAAGCGGUGAAAGCACACCCUUUAUUCUGAGUUGACUAGAGAAUAUCACAAACAGCCACCAUGCCUGCGAAUUGUUGCGUACAUGCUUAUUCCGUCUAUGUCACCUUUUGGAAUAGGCUAACGUAUGGUACGGAUUUCUCGCUUCCAUAGGGCAGAAUUUGGUCUCCAAUUGAGAGAAAUAGAUAAGGGAAUCAAUUCAAUCGUAACACUGACCUUUCUAAAUAAUUUAAGUUGGAGAAUGGAGCUUCUUGAGCAAAUACAUAUGUGUGUUUCUUUAUCGUCCAGAAUAAUCUAGGCUUGUUAUUGUUGACUAAUCCUUGGAUGCUUCUAGUUGGCACAAUAUUGCAUUUGGUGUUUCAUUAUGGACAAAAGUUUUAUUGGCUAAACGGAGCUGGGGACCUAAUUAGUUUUGGUCCCCUGUAAGUACUCGUACUGCUAUAACUCACAAAACACAGUUAGGCGUAUAAUCAUUUUGAUUAUGGUUUAAUUCCACAUCCUAGUGUUUUUGGAUUAUAAAUGAAGCAUUCAGAUGUUGAUACGACUUCUCCAGUAUAAUUUUAAAGUGGAUAAAUUGCAUUCUUAUCUUCGGUGCUGCCCGCUUUACCGUGCUGCUUGGUUGCGUGCAAUCAAAUAUAACGGCUGUACAUGAUAUGUUCUUAGGGGCAUUAUUGGUAACUUUAGCUUGGUUAAAUGAUUAUCCUUGUCUCUUCAUGUAUACCUGAAAAGGUCCACAGAUAUUUUGCGUUGAUGCUCAGGCCCAUGGGAUUGUCUGAUAGAGGAAGCAUCAAGUUUGUUUUUAAUGCUUUCUUUUCUCUUUGUGCUCAUGAUUAUGAGAACCUUAAUAUUUUGCACCACUCUUGCAUGGAUCUGGUAACCAGUUGCAGUAUUAUGCAUAGGAGAGGGUAUCUACUCUCUUCUCCGGAAGAGUAUGUAAGAGUGCCACAAUCAGUUGAUCCAGUGCUACUCCUACCAGGUUGUCCUCCCUCAGACGAUGUUAAUUGUUAAACAGACAGCUAUAUAGGUUAGAGCUUUGCAUUUAUGUGGAAUGUCUACAAAUGAGGAGACAUCAUGGUACAACUCAGCUAUACACAAUUAAGAUAUGGUCUCCUCUCAGUUUGUAUCAAAUCAUACUUCAUACAAUAAGAUGGACCGUAUGAGGGCACAUUUUUUGCACCAUUGCUGGGAUCUUCAACUUGUUUCUAGCCUUUUUGGCCUGUAUUUUAUAAUUUUGUUUAGUUUGGAUAUCUUAUAGAGAGUCUAAAGCCCGUAGUACCCUCUGAGGUAGGUGAAGGGAAGUGAGACGUAAGUGAGGCACGGUGUUGGGAUCGUUUGAUCGAUUUCCUUGAUUUGUUUGCUACUUAAUGGGAGUGCCUCAAAGGAUACAAACGAAAAUAAAUAAUGGGGACCAUCUCCAUAUCAUUCUGCAUUUCUCGACAAAUAUAAUCUGUUUCGCUAUUCUAAGUGGUUCUUUUUUUCUGGGUAAAGAUGAACUUGUCAUUUUGAAUUCUUAUAUGCAACUAUGCGAUUAUGUAUACUGGUUAAUUAAGCAUACUACUUCCCUAUGUAUCUAAUUGCUUUCUGGGAUCUUCAAGUUGUUUCUAGCCUUUUUGGCCUACAUUUUAUAAUAUUUGCAACCAUGCGAUUAUGUGUCACACAUGUUCUAAUCGCUUUCUGGGAUCUCAUUUAGAUACAGAGGAAGUAUUUUUUUUUCGAAUCUCUAUGUGUCACACAUGUUCUAAUCGCUUUCUGGGAUCUUCAACUUGUUUCUAGCCUUUUGGGCCUACAUUUUAUAAUAUUUGCAACCAUGUGAUCAUGUCUACCAGUUAAUUAAGCAUACUACUGGUUUUUUUUUUCCGAAUCUCUAUACAAAAGUUCUAAACGCUUUCUGGAUGUAUUUCAAGGAUAUGAUAUAUGUUUACAUGGUUCUGUCGAGGAAACAUGAGAUGUACUGUAGUUCUUAAAAGGUGCAUGAUGAGAAACUGGUGGAAUUUCAUGUCACAAGUCAAAAUGAGAUGGGCUGCACUUUCUAAUUGGGCAAGAAUCUCUUGUAAAGUGGAAAUAUUAAGCAGAUAUGCUUCCCAGGAUCAUGCACAUCGCAUUAUAUAAGGGGCAAGCAAGCUCCAGAAGCUAUUACUUUGAGCCCUUCCCCCCACUUCAAGUUAAAGAUCAUUUCUGAUCCUUCUUUUGCUUCUAUUAUGGACAAUAAUGGGUUAGGCUGCAAGAGAAACGAUGCUCUUCAAGAGCUCGAGUUGCUGACAGUGAAUGCCAAGGAAGCCCAACAACAUAUACUGACAGAAAUCCUUGAUAGGAAUCAGGCUAGUGAGUACUUGAGCAAAUUCAUGAAUAGAUCCACAAACACUUCCACCUUCAAGAGAAACGUUCCAGUAGUGACAUAUGAUGUGGUCCAGCCCUACAUCGCAAGGAUCUCAACUGGCGAGGAUUCUUCCAUUAUAUCUGGAGACCGAAUUGUAGAACUGCUGAGAAGCUCCGGAACUUCUCGGGGUGAGCCAAGAUUGAUGCCAGCCAUCUCCGAGGAUCUUGACCGUCGAACCUACCUUUAUAGUCUGCUAAUGCCGAUAAUGAACAAGUAUGUAUCAGGCCUUGGUGAGGGGAAGGCCAUGUAUCUUCUCUUUGUGAAAGAGGAAACACUGACGAAUUCUGGCAUUCCAGUUCGAUCAGUCCUCACUAGCUACUACAAAAGCCCUCAUUUCCUGCACCGCAAGCAUGACACGUACAACAACUACACCAGUCCUGAUGAGGUCAUCCUUUGCCCUGACAGCCAGCAGAGCAUGUACUGCCAGCUGCUUUGCGGCCUGGUUGAACGCCAGCAUGUCCUCCGUCUUGGGGCAGUUUUCGCCUCGGCGUUCCUUCGGUCUAUCAGCUUUCUUGAGAAGCACUGGUGUGAUCUUGUCAGUGACAUACGUAUUGGUAAACUCAAUUCCAGUGUCACCAACACUGAGUGCCGGUUGGCCAUGGAGGGCUUUCUCGCAUUGCCCAACCCAGAGCUUGCUGAUGAGCUUGAGGAAAUCUGCAGCUGUGGGCCCUGGAAGGGGAUUCUAGGCAGGCUAUGGCCUAAAGUCAAGUACAUCGAAGCUGUUCUUACAGGCACAAUGGCACAGUACAUUCCCAUGCUGGAGUUCUAUAGUGGUGGUAGGAUCCCCUUGGUAUGCACCAUGUAUGCCUCAUCGGAGAGCUACUUUGGUGUCAAUCUGAGGCCACUGUGCAAACCAACCGACGUGUCUUACACCAUCCUCCCAAACAUGGCCUACUUUGAGUUCAUUCCUUUGGAGGAUGGCCUCAGAGUGACGGAUGAUGAGGAGGUGGUGGGGAAUGAGAAGCUUGUCAGCCUGGUGGAUGUCAAGGUCGGAUGCUACUAUGAGCUUGUGGUCACCACAUUUUCCGGCCUUUACAGGUAUAGGGUUGGCGAUGUGCUUCAGGUCACAGGCUUCUACAACCGCGCGCCGCAGUUCAAAUUCAUCUGCCGGAGGAACGUCAUCCUGAGCAUCGACACCGACAAGACCAACGAGGAGGAUCUCCACAAGAGCGUCACGCGCGCCAAGAAGAUGCUGGAGGACAGGAACCACAUCCUCCUGGAGUACACCAGCUACCCAGACACGUCCACUGUCCCUGGCCACUAUGUGCUCUUCUGGGAGAUCAAGUCCACCUGCGAAGGCACCAAGCCCCUCGACCCUCAGCUCCUGGAGAGCUGCUGCGUCUCCGUCGAGGAGUCGCUCGACUACAUCUACAGGCGCUGCAGGGCGCACGACAAGUCGGUAGGCCCGCUGGAGAUACGGCUGGUCGAGGCCGGCGCGUUUGACGCUCUGAUGGAUCUGCUGGUCAGCCAGGGCAGCUCCAUCAACCAGUACAAGACCCCGAGGUGCAUCGAGUCUGGCCUCGCGCUGAAGCUGCUCAACACCAAGGUCACCGCUUCCUUCUUCAGCCCCCGGGAUCCCGAGUGGGUCAUGUAGGAGCUUUCAGGGAGGGCCUAGGACAGGGAGAGCUGCAUUUCUCCGGUCCGAUCGUACCAGCCUGCUGCUUGCUUGGAUAACAAGUAGUAUUUCUGCUGCUUACCUUUUUUCAUUUUGAGAACCACCACGUAUUUGCAAUUUCUUGUGUUGUUACCCAAGCCCUAAAGCAGAAUGAGGUGUUCGCCGAUUUUUCGCUACCCUCUGUAUGUACUAAGAUUGUUCAUCUGAGCCCCGAAGUGAAUGGUGAUGCUUUUUA